CAGCUCGACCCGGCAAGACCACCGACAACCAUUACUGGUGAUUCCAAAAUUAUGUCGAAGAAGAUUUUCCAUAACGCCAGCGAGCGUGAUCGUCGUAAGAAGAUGAAUGGAUUGUACUCCACUCUCCGUUCCCUGCUUCCCGGGGCAGACGAAAUGAAGAAAUCAAGCAUUCCGACAACAGUUUCACGGGUGGUGAAGUACAUACCAGAGCUACAGGAGCAAGUGAUGGGGAUGAUUCAAAAGAAGGAAGAGCUUUUGUCGAGGAUUUGUGGGGAAGGAGAUCAUGAAACUCGUCAAGAGAAGAAACCAAAAAGCAGAGCUUGGAGCACAUUGUCGACAGUUACAGCAACUCAACUUGAUGAUGGAGGAGAAGUAGUGAUUCAAAUAUCGACAUAUGCAGUGCACAAGAAUGCAUUGUCUGAGAUCCUCGUCUGUUUAGAGGAUGAUGGACUUGUGCUGUUAAACGCCUCAUCCUUUGAGUCCUUUGAAGGGAGGGUCUUUUUCAAUUUACAUCUUCAGGUUGAAAGAAGGGAAAGAUUGGAGUGCGAGAGUCUAAGUGAGAAACUCAUGUCAGUGUAUGACAAGAGGGAAGCUAUGCUGCCAUGA